AGGUGAGGGCACACUCAUCCAACAAUUUCAUAUUCAUCUCUAUUCUUUUCUCUUUCAAUUAUAACCGAGUUCUAACGCGAAAAAUGGCUGAGGCACUCAUCUCUGUGCUUCUAGAGCAACUGGCUUCAAUAGUGUUUGAACACACAAAACAAGCGGUGACACUCAUUUUGAAUGCUGAGGAAGAUGUUCAUAGUUUCCGCAGCAAUCUCGAAGCCAUUCAAGCUGUGCUGGAGGAUGCAGAGAAGAAACAAGUGACGGAGGCCAGAGUGAGAGACUGGUUGCAGAAGCUCAAUGAUGUAUCGUACGAGAUGGACGACGUCUUAGACGAGUGGAACACUGAAAUUUUGAAACAACAAGUGGAGGAAGGCAAGAAGAAGGUAUGUUUCCCCACUCCCUCCAAUUGCUUUUGUUUUGGCCAAGUCAAUAAGGCAAUUCAUCAUCAUAACAUUGCUACAAGGAUAAAGAAACUGAAUGAGAAACUAACUGUGAUUACUGCUGAAAGAGAAAUGUAUGGCUUUUAUCAAUCCACAAUAGGUGGCCAUGAUGAUCAACAGCUUAUUCAACGACAGAAAACUUCAUCUUUGGUCGAUAUAGCCAAGAUAUUUGGCCGAGACGAAGAAAAAGAGAUGUUGUUGAGCAAGUUAUUGAGAGAAAGUAGCCAAGAAGGCGAGCGGUUCCUUGUCAUCCCUAUUGUAGGGAUGGGAGGGAUGGGGAAAACAACUCUUACCCAACUAGUCUUUAACAAUGAAAAGGUUAUUGCCCAUUUUCACAAGAAAGUAUGGGUUUGUGUCUCAGACCCUUUUGAUGAAAUUAAGAUUGCGAGAGCGAUUAUUGAAAGUCUAGAUAAAAAAGAAACUCAGAUUAGUUCAAAUGAGUUGGAAACUCUACUUCUCUGUAUAAUGUCACAUGUUGAGAAUAAGAAGUUCCUCCUUGUCCUAGAUGAUGUGUGGACCGAAGACCAAAGACAGUGGGAAAGUUUGAAACUACCAGAAAUAUUGCAAACUUGUGCUGAAGGUAGUACAAUACUUGUGACCACACGAAAAGAAGGGGUUGCUAAAAUGAUGAGAGCAACCAGCAACAUGAUCCAUUUGGACAAGUUGAGCGAUGUGGAUUGUCUAGCAUUGUUCAAUAGCUUUGCAUUUUUGGAUAGGGAAGAAGAUGAGGCUAAUGGGUUUGGAGUUAUUGGUGAGGAAAUUGUGAAAAAGUGUAAAGGUUUGCCUCUUGCUGCAAAGACUUUGGGCAGUCUAGUGUGGUAUAAGGAAAAAAAAGAGGAAUGGCAGGAUGUUCUGAAUAGUAAGAUAUGGGAAUUAGAAGAAGUUGAGCAACAAGUUUUCCGACCGCUAUUACUAAGUUAUUAUGAUUUGGCUCCUGAAGUUAAAAUGUGUCUUUUGUAUUGUGCAAUAUUUCCAAAAGAUUAUGUGUUAAGAAAAGAUAAUUUAAUUGAGCUUUGGAUGUCACAAAAUUAUCUUUUUUUUUUUGAGGGGAAAGACGUCAAACUUUUAUAACUAGAAUCAAUUCAUACAAUGGUUAGCAACAUAGUUGCUGAUGCUAGAGGGAAUCUGACCCCUCCAAGCUAAGUCUAUACUAGAAUUAAGAGCCAACUUAGCUAACAUAUGCGCAGCUGAAUUAGACUCUCUAAAGACAUGAGUAAAGUAAGAACUCGGUAAAGAAGCUUGGAAAAAAGAAAUAUCUUCCACAAUCCUCCCAUACCCAGAAGCAUCCUCUUCAUCAGACAUGAUAUCCUUAACCAAUUUUUGGCAAUCAGUUUCAAAAAUAAUUGGAGCCAAGCUAUGACUCACAGCAAACUGACAAGCCAAUCUAGCAGCAAGCGAUUCCACCAUAGCAGGGGUUGUGACAUGAGACACUUUCCUGCAACAUCCUCCCGUAAUUAAACCUGAAGAGUCACGAAUUAUCACUCCAAGGCCCCCACAAUUAGUAUGCUGAUCAAAAGCACCAUCUAGGUUAGCCUUCACCCACCCAAUUGGGGGAGGUGACCACGGCCUAGCCUCUCGAGCUGCCUUACGGCACUGCCCUUUACCAACAGAAUUAAACAAAACAUGUUGGGAGCAAAAACCGUAUCUCAACUGAGUAGGAAUAGACAUCUUCCCUUGCCAAACUCUUUUAUUUCUUUCUUUCCAAAUAGACCAGAUUCCCCACAGCAAUAGGGAAAAUAAAUCCCUAGAAAGCUUAUCGUUACAAAAUUGAAGCCAAUCCAAACAAGAAGCAACAUUGGGAUUGGAAAAAAUACCUUCAAGGCCCGGGCAUAGACAUAGAGUCUCUUUGACAAAAGAGCAAUCUCUACUAACAUGUUCAAUCGUCUCCUCUUCCGCAUUACAGAAGAGACAUCCCUCAUCAAUAAACACUUGUUUCUUUCGUAACUGUGAGACUGUAGGAAGAAUAGAAGAGCAAACUCUCCAAAUAUGAACCUUUAUCUUACCUGUCACAAAAUUAUCUUAAUUCAAAGGAAAACAAAGAAAAAAGAAGAAUAGGUCAAAAUUAUUUUGAACGUCUAGCAAUGCGGUCUUUCUUUCAAGAUUUUAGAAAAGAUGAGAUGGAAAAUGUUUAUGAGUGCAAAAUGCAUGAUAUUGUGCAUGACUUUGUGCAGUUUCUUACCAAAAAAGACUGCACUAUUGUAGAUGCAGCCGAGGGUGCUAAUAAAAAAAUAGAGCCACCGGGUGAGAAGGUUCGUCAUUUGACCUUAAUAAGUGUACGCAAAGGUCUAUUUUCUACUUCAUGUUAUGGAUGUAAAAAUAUGCGUAGCCUUAUACUCCUUAAUUCAAGAAUUACAACCAUAAGCUCCGGUUCAAUUAUGCAAAUGAAAUGCCUCAGGACAUUGAAUUUGAGUUAUAACAUCCUCAAUGAAGUUCCAAAAGAGAUUGGUGAAUUGAUUCAUUUGAGAUAUCUGGAUUUGUCUCUUGGUGGUAAUUUGAGAGAAUUACCGGAAGCUGUGUGUGAUUUAUGCAAUCUACAAACUCUGGUCCUUGUUCACUGCUAUGAACUUGAGAAACUACCCAAGGCAAUGGGAAAGUUGAUUAACUUGAAGCAUCUAUAUCUUUACUAUUGUUGGGGGCUGAGGUACUUACCGAAAGGGAUUGGGAGUUUGAAAAGUCUGCGAGUACUAGACUGGUUUAAAGUAUGCGAGGGUGAUGAUGAUGAAGCAUUGAAAUUAGGAGAUCUCGGAAUCAUGGACCAGCUUCAGGGGAGCCUUGAGAUACGAGGGUUGGGGAAUGAUGCGAGUGAGAUUGAGAAAGCUCAGUUGGAGCACCUCUCUCAUUUGGGAGUAUUUUUCGAGGAAUCAUAUGGAGAGCAGAGAACAGGCGAUGAAGAAAUAGUGAAAGCAUUGCAACCGCAUCAAAAUUUGGAAUCUUUAUCUAUUUGGAAUUGCCAUGGCACCACCGAGUCUCUCUAUUGGAUCAAGUCUAUACACAAUUUGAGAAAACUUGAUCUCACUCGCUGGAGAUUUUGUGAACUUUUGCCUCCUCUUGGAAAAUUGCUGUCGCUUGAAAUUCUGGAAAUUCAGAAUACAAGAAGAAGAAGAAGAAGUCUCAGGAAUUCUAUUCCCCAAAUUGAAUCGACUCACUUUUGAUGGCAUGCCCAACUGGGAGGAGUGGGCCUUUGUUUCUGAAAUCACAAUAAUGCCACGCCUUUCUGAGUUGCGAAUUGUUCGGUGCCCAAAGCUAAAAGCACUGCCAGACUUCCUCUACAAGAUACCAGCACUGCGUACUCUGAAGAUCAAGGGUUGUCCAAUUCUGGAACGAGAAUACGAAAAAGGCGUGGGGAAGGAGUGGCACAACAUUUCUCACAUCCCAAACCUCACAAUCCAGAAGUGGAACUGAACAGAUGCUUACAGACUUGUUUAACUUUCAAAAGAUGAUUUAACGCCAAUCCAACUCCAAUUCUAUGCAGGAGGAAUUUUCAAGCGGUUGCAAACCAUAAAGUAAACCAAUUAGACUGAAGUGGCUCUUCCUUCAUCCUCAGAGUUGUUUGCAGCAAAUCAGUUUGCCUUUGACGAGGAUGUGCUCUAUCUCUUUCCUUGGUGUGCUUUUGAGUGAUGGGCAUCCACGUCCUCUGAUGGAUGCACACUGCAGUCAGGUCAGGAGUUGAAUCCAUGGUUUUGGAGUACUUAUUUGGCAUUGUCCAUAUCGAAAUACGAAUCUUUUACUAGGACAAGGGAUUUGAGAUGCUGAAUCAGUUCAAGGUAAGGGUGGUUCAGAAGUUGGAGCUGCAUGAUUCUGUUGGAGCGGAGGGACUAUAACACCGUCGUACACCAUACAGGAAUUUUGGUAUCCAUUUGAAUGAUUGAAGUUCCUCUCACCUAAACUAGGCUGAAGCUUUUGUAGAAUGGAUGCUGACUCGGAUUCGAAUAGUAAUUGGGGUAAGGAAGCUUUCUCUGCAAACUGUAUGUUAACAAUAAGCAGCUGGGAGCUCGGUAAUUGGUGUUUUUGCAAAUGGACUGUUCAAAUGCUGCCAUCUCAAUCGUUGAAGCCUACUUGAAGAUGCAAUGCUACCAUGCUUUCUGGUGAUAUAAAUCUGUCAAUCAAUCAUAUCCACCUUGUCUAGCAUUUUGACUAAUUCAAGACGCUCUUACCUAAGCUAUUAGGUAAUCUGAUAUUAACAUUGCUGAAGUCUCUUGUGGAAAUGAAACUGAUUGGAAUUUGAGAAGUGAAUCGAUCAGACUUCCCUUUAUCAAAGAGUAAAAGGAGAUUGCAUCUGGCUCACAGGGACAUGUUGGAGUGGAAUGCUAAGCUUGUCAAGGGAUUACUGACUUCUGAACUACUUACCAAAAGCAAUUGGGAGUUUAAAAAAUUCUGCGAGCACUAGACAGCUUUCAGAUAUGUGAUGCCACGCCUUUCUUCCUUGCAAAUUUUGGGCAGCCCAGUGCUAAAACAACUGCUGGACUUCCUGCAGAAGAUAACAGCACUGCAUUUGGAGAUGAAGAGGUGUCCAUUUCUCACAUCACAGUUGUGAAACUUGCUGCCCAAAUACAAAUCUCCAUGGAACUGAACAGACAGAAAAUACCACCGUUCAGUCCAACGCGUCUUUGCUAGGAGCACGGAUUUGAAGAUGCAAAAUCAGUUCAAGUUGAUGGUGGUUCAGUAGCCUGAUUCUGUUGGAUUGAAAAUACACAAAGCUACACCUUAUAUAUGGAACGCACUGAUUGAAGCUUCAAGAAUGGCCGGUAUUGGAGUUGUGAAGCUGACAAACACUACCUAGGACGGACUAUCAAGCGUACACCAUAAAGGAAAUUUGGUAUAUAUCCAUUUGACUGAUUGAAGUGGGGGCGCUCACCUAAACUAGGUAGAUGUGAUUGGCAUCUAAAGUUCCAUUACUUGGUCCUUAAUGUAUUCUGAUUUUAUAUGAUGGGUAGAAGUUCAAUUGAUGAUGACUGGGAGCUUCCCUUUUCUAAUGCUGCUCACACUGUGGUCUUAGUUGGACGCACUAGUAAUGGAAAAAGUGCAACAGGCAACAGCAUUCUUGGC